AUGUACCAUGAUGUGAAUAGCAUGCGUCCAUAUGUGAUUGGACCAUAGCAUAGAGUUCCAAACAUAAAUAUCACAAGUCCUAAUAUCAUAGGGUUUCGGCACAUGAAUUAAGUUUUGGUAAAUUCAUCAAUCUAGAAAGGCACUGGGAAUUCGUUUCCUUCUCGCUAAAAAUAUCUAAUCAAAUAAAACCCAUAAAUAUCUUAGCUCAUCUCCAGUUAACUCUUCAGAAACAAGUACAAUCCAGAAAUGACUAAGAAAAGUGAUACAAAAAAGCUUAGUGAGGUGUUAAAUCCUUCAAAAGCCAUUUCAGGCAGUGGUUGGUAAUUAUAAAUUACUAGAAGCAGAAUCGAACUAGCUGAAACUAUGAACAAUGGUCUCUCGAGAUAGUAAUAUUGCUUGGAAAAGGCAUACAUUUGA